AAUUUUAAGCAAGUGAGUAAUCAUAUCUGUUGGAACUUAUGGCGAAAACACAGUCCAAUACACAAUUGAGCAAGCAACUCUCCUGGUUGCUGCGACAUGGCGCGCAAAAAGAGGGAUUAUCAAUACAGCCAGAUGGUUUUAUUAGCGUCUCGGAUAUUUUGAAGCAUCCUCGCUACGGAAGAAGCUACAGCAUAGAAAAGCUGCAGGAAAUUGUGGCAACUGAUGCUAAGCAACGUUAUACACUACGUUGUAAUCCGCUAACUGGCUCACAGGAGAUUCGCGCCAAUCAGGGUCAUUCACUGGCAGCUGUGGAGGCGGAGGCAUGUCUGGAGCGUAUACAAAGUGUUGCCGAGCUGCCUGAGGCUGUGGCACAUGGCACUUACUACAGAAACUGGGAGCGCAUCAAGAUCGAGGGCCUUAAACGUAUGCAACGCAACCAUGUGCACUUUGCCGUCCUGAGUGGAGAUAACCGUGCGAUCUUAAGUGGUUUUCGCAGGGAUUGCCAACUCCUGAUUUAUUUAAAUGUGGCCAAGGUGCUGCAGGAUAAGCUGGAACUAUUUCGAUCCAGCAACAAUGUCAUACUUUGCGCUGGCGUCGAUGGCUGCAUUAAACCUCAGUACUUUCUCCGAGCUAUUGAUCGAUCCACGGGGAAAGCGUUGGAAUUUUAAUCAACAUACCAAUUUGAUCAGCUGUGCUAGAGAAUUUUUAGAAUUUUAGUGUGUCUUGUAAAUAAAAUGUACUCUGUGUGUUAA